UCCGAGCCGCCAGCAUCGAUCACCCGUGUUCUCUCCUAAUAUACAGAGUAUUUAAUUUUCGAUCGGGGAACGCCCGCUGCGACGCGUCGCAUCCUCUUUCCGUUAACUUCCACUUUCUUCCCGCGUUUCUCGAAAAAGUUUCAUCGAAGCGUGUACCGCGCGACCGAUUAUCUGCGCGCGAACCACAGAUGCUAGUCGGUAUACCGGAUCUCCGAAAGCUUCAAGCAAACAGUCGAUCGACUCGUGUGAAAAAUGCGACCCUGGGAAAGGCUGGUGUGCGGCGUGUUCGUCCUGGUGAUGUCGAUAGUGAACGGCACUCCCGAUUUUUCGGGGUUGUCCACUAAUCCGUACUGCGCCGACAAAUAUCCGUCGCGUCAAUGUUGUCCGGGUCGUCAGGAUGAGUGCAGCGCUCCGAUUCUCGACACUCUGUGUUACUGCGACGACUUCUGCGACCAACACAGGGAGGAGGACUGCUGUCCGGAUUACUGGAGCCACUGCAAAGGGAUCGAAACGAAUGUCACGUUACAGCCGCAAGAGAUAAGACGAUGCUACCAUCAGGGCAAACCUUACUCCCAUGGACAAACGUUUAAGAUCAAUUGUAACACGUGCAAGUGUACAGGCAACCAAGUACUAUGCGAACGGAAUAGAUGCCUACAAGAGCCAAAACUAAUCGAGGAAAUCAACUGGAACAGUGUGUCGAUCAGCUGGAGAGCACGAAAUUACUCCGAGUUUUCGGGUAGAACGUUGAAGGAAGGUGUACAACUUCGGCUAGGUACUUUGAAUCCGUCGCGGUCGGUUUACAGGAUGAACUCGGUGCGGCGAAUUUACGAUCCGGCGGCGCUACCACAAGAGUUCGACGCGAGGACUCGAUGGCCUCGAGAGAUUUCCGGCGUGGAGGAUCAAGGUUGGUGCGGCGCAUCCUGGGCCAUUUCCACCGCACACCUCGCCUCCGAUAGGUUCGCCGUGAUGAGCAAGGGCACGGAUGCCGUGCUCCUCAGUGCGCAACACUUACUCUCCUGUAACAACAGAGGACAACAAGGCUGCAACGGUGGCUACUUGGACAGAGCAUGGCUCUAUAUGCGAAAAUUCGGUCUCGUUGACGAGAACUGUUAUCCGUGGAAAGGCUCGGACGAGCAGUGCAAGUUUCGCAAGAGGACAGACCUGGAAACUGCCGGAUGUCCCCCUCCGGCGAAUCCGCUUCGGACCGAGUUGUACAAGGUCGGGCCGGCUUAUCGGCUGGGCAACGAGACUGACAUCAUGCAAGAGAUCCUAACCUCCGGACCUGUACAAGCCACCAUGCGGGUCUAUCAAGACUUCUUCUCGUACGAAUCGGGAGUGUACAGACACACGCCAACAGUCCAGGCCUACGACUCUGGUUACCAUUCCAUUAGGAUUAUCGGAUGGGGAGAAGAUUUGUCAACCGGCUCUCCGAUCAAAUACUGGUUGGUCGUUAACUCCUGGGGUGAGCAAUGGGGCGAGAACGGCCUCUUCCGAAUCCAAAGGGGGACGAACGAGUGCGAGAUCGAGUCGUUCGUGCUCGGGAUCUGGGCAAAAACCGUCUAAUUUUGAAUUGCCGCCAGAUCCUUCAAUUUUCCUCCCUUACCGGCUUCUUCCGAGACGGCGAUUAAAUUCUCGUUG